AUGGCGCCAUUUGGAAAAAUCUCCUCGUUCAUGCCAAAUGGCCGAGUUUUCAAGAUCAUGGCAGCUGCCAAGUUGAACAAUCUUGACAUUGAGGUCGCAGACUACCAGCACAUGGUAACGAACAAAUCCGCCGAGUUUUUGGAGAAAUUCCCUUUGGGUAAAGUCCCUGCCUUCGAGGGCGUGGACGGUCUAUGCCUUUUUGAAUCGGACGCUAUCGCGCGAUACGUUGCUGCUUCCGGACCGUUUUCUUCCCAGCUACCUGGCUCCGAUGCAGCGACAUCCGCACAGAUUCAACAGUGGGUGAGCUUUACAGAAGGAGAGAUCUACCAAGCCGUACUCGAGCUUGUGAUGUGGAGAGUUGGCAUGUGCCCAUUUGAAGAAAGUACGGAGUGCAAGGCUCUCGAUAAACUCGAGCGUAGUCUGAGUAUUCUGGAAGGUCAUUUGAAGAAUAAGGAGUGGUUGGUUGGUCCGCAACUGACCCUGGCUGACUUGACGGCUGCGUCGGCUCUUGUGUGGGCGUUUAUGCACAUCAUCGAUGAGCCAAUGCGCAAAGAGUUCCCCAAGACGACGACCUGGUAUUUGCGGGUUAUCGGUACGACUGACAUGGAAUCCGUCUUUGGACCACCAAACUUGAUUACGGCCAGGCGUACUGGGCUAACCUGUUGA